UCACCACUAACCUGUGGACGAAUGAAACUGGCUUCGAGACUAUUCGCACACGGCUCCACUUUGUAUCGCUUCCGCUCAAUCCCAUCAACUGAAAGUAUGCGUCAAUACAUCAUACAAAGGAGUUGCAGUUAGAUUCACGAACACGGAGAUAUCAAACAGAUGUACUGCUGCGCUUCAUGUCAAGCCAUGGAAUAACUCUAUAAAUUCAGCCCAAACCUCCAAUUGUCAGUUCGUCAAUUGUCUUUGUUUUAAAUGAUAACGAGAGCCAACAUUACGAAGAAGUAGAUGUUUUUUGAAAGGAUGGUUAUUCUGAUUGGAUAUUUGCGUGAGUUAUAUCGAAAUGUCUAUCAAAUACAUGCUGUUUCAACUAGAAAAUGAAGACUUCCUAACAGCAUGGAAUCUAUCUAACGCAACGAGUGAUCAACCUCACAGCACAGCAGUUGAGUUGAAUUUGCCCAGUUUGCUGCUCGUGGCUCUAAUUAUUUGGACAUUCUUCGGUAAUAUGCUGGUGUUGAUUGCUGUUUAUAGAGAGAGGGGCUUGAAGUCAAUGUCGAAUUAUGUAAUAGCUAGUCUGGCUCUGGCUGAUCUUCUACUCGCUGUACUCGUCAUGCCAUUGGGUCUAGUAUCAUUGGUUCGUGGUCAUUGGGGAUUUGGACUUCCAUUAUGUGUUAUCUACCUUGCACUGGAUGUAAUGCUAUGUACAGCCUCUAUUAUCCAUCUGUGUGCCAUUGCUGUGAAUCGUUACCUCGCUGUAACAUUCCCUCUUCACUUCUCAAGGGAGCGGGUCAAUUCACGCCCUCGUAUACUUGGCACUAUUGUUCCUGUGUGGUUGGUGUCCAUCGCUAUAUCCACACCCUUAGUAAUUCAAGGGUUUGUGCAUCCAGAUAGUACAUUGCAGAAUGAUGGCAGAGAUUGUGGUUAUUUUAACUCCACAUUUAUCAUUUACUCGUCCAUGUGCUCAUUUUACGUACCACUUGCUGUCAUGAUUGUUGUUGACUGGAGGGCAGUUAAGAAGCUACGUGGGAGAAAAACUGCAAUGGAGUUUAGCUCGGAGCCUACUCCUCGCACCCCAAUUCAGCAGGUGAACAGCAACUCCACAACUGUCAGCUGUGGUGAUUCGCCUCAUGAUAGCCCUGCAGCAAACGGGGGCCAAAGUAGCAGUGCUAUCAGGAAAAAAUCACUUCGUAUAACCUUUUGUACUGGAGCUAAAAAAUCAAGUCUUGGUUAUGGAAGUACACAGAGUGAGGCAAUUAAAACAAGACAACGAUGGAUGACAAGCAAGAGGGAGCGACGAGCUGCCAAGACGCUCGUGGUUGUAUUCGUUUGCUUCAUAGUUCUGUGGUUGCCUUUCUUUGUGGUUCAUCUCUUAAGUGGUGUGUGCUCAUCAUGCCACCCUCCAAAUGAACUUUUCAUGGCCUUUACUUGGCUUGGAUAUAUAUCAUCUGCUGUCAAUCCAUGCAUCUAUACAUGCUUCAAUCUUGAUUUCCGACGGGCUUUUGUACGAAUCAUAACGUGUGACCGGCGUCCUCGCAGAGUCUUACGACAAGCUGAGUUAACAAACACCCACACUCUCCGGACCAGCUUACGAUCUUAGCAAGCUAUUACCACUAUACCGAUCACACAGUCGCAAUAUCGCAGUUGAUGUGAAGGCUUGACAAAGCCUCAGAGCCUCAUUAAUUAAAUACAAAAACGUAUGUUAUUUUCUUUGUUCGAAUCACGAAUCAGACCAACUGUGUUGCUUUAAAGGAGCAUGUACUUGAAUAUUAUAUCCAAUUCAACAGGCAGAUAAUAACCGUAAGUUUAGCAGAAAAACUUUCUGUAUGAAUCGAUGCCGAUGUGAAUGUGACUCGGUAUACAAGUAAUUAAACGUGAAAUCUAUCGCAAACAUGCUUUCAUGUCUAAGCCUUCCAUAUAAAGAUGAGUUGUUUCAACAUCAGAUAAGACAAGGAAAUUGUCAAUUUGCACAUGGGCCUAUGACUCUAACGGGUAUUCUUACACAAUUAAGUAGAAGGGAAUUAAAAUACCAUUGUAUGUAGGCCUACAUAAUUAAAUAACAUUUCGGAAACGGUUCUGGAAUACAAUGUAUACGCAGCGUAGCAAGGCUGGAGAUUGGUGCCAGUUUCCAGAACAGGACACAAUGAUGACUGUUCUGAUGACUAUGGACAAUUAGCCCUAGAAUAUACAUACUUUUCAAAAGGCCUCUUCACAACAGUUGAGGCAUUCGAUUUAGCAAGCAUGCGUAUACGACUAUGUUUUACGUUAUUAUGGGUAAUCUUUGUAUUACGUUAUUAUGGGUAAUCUUUACGUUAUUAUGGGUAAUCUUUACGUUAUUAUGGGUAAUCUUUACGUUAUUAUGGGUAAUCUUUACGUUAUUAUGGGUAAUCUUUACGUUAUUAUGGGUAAUCUUUACGUUAUUAUGGGUAAUCUUUACGUUAUUAUGGGUAAUCUUUACGUUAUUAUGGGUAAUCUUUACGUUAUUAUGGGUAAUCUUUGUAUUACGUUAUUAUGGGUAAUCUUUACGUUAUUAUGGGUAAUCUUUACGUUAUUAUGGGUAAUCUUUUUCGCAAUUCGGUAACUAACGUUGAAAGGACUUGAUGUAUUUGGAUGUCUUCUUCUGAGGAUUUUUUGUAAUUAUAAUGUACAAACUAUUGAGUUAGGUCACGAAGUAAUGACAUUAAAAGAAUCCAUGGAAUUAUCGUUUUCACUGGGUUUUCCCUCAAUUGUGUAAAAUUGUUAACAUACAAAAAUGUCUAAGUCUAUGGGGCAAUUGCUUAGUUAUCUUAUCAUUACCUCAUUUGCUGAUUAACUGCAAGGGCAUGCAUCAGGCACACAUUGGUAUUUUCUGAAUACUAAACUAAAUAAAGAAAAGGGCAUCGAUGGGUCAUAGACGCCAGAUUUAAACUUAUGCUGAGUUAAUCUAUAGCCUUAUAGCGCGAACAUUUAUAAAAAAAGAUGUUUGGAAAAAAAAUGAAAUAUUUUCCAUUGGUGAAAAUGAAUGCCCGAUCAACUCAUUUUUAAAUGGGUUGAUCGGGCAUUCAUUUUAAGCCCUUUUCAAACUAGAUCCAUUUCCCGAGAAAGAAACUCCCUGGAAAAUCCCGGAAGUUUUUAAACCAACCGCCACCCAAGCAACCGUUUUCACUAUAGUUUACUCCCUUAACCCGACACCUGUUAAUGAUUUCCCGGAAAAGGGUUGUUUCCCGGGAGAUUCCAGGGAGGUUUUCUUUAGUUUGAAAAGAUCGACCAAAAGUUUCCGGGAAUUUGCCGGGGAAUAAUAGCUUGAAAAGGGCUUUAGACGGUCAAGGCGAAAUUUAAGAACAAUGCAAUUAUACUUUCUAAGCUGAAAGCAGUAAAUGCAUGAAUGCAUCUUUUAAGAAACGGAAUGCUGGCGAAUAGGGAAAUUAUAUGAUUUCAAAAAGAUUUUAUUUUGAUUCAAGAUCUGGUGUGUGAUGAUCUGUGUAAUAAUGUGAUAAUCUGUUUAAAAAUGUGAUGAUCUGUGUAAUAAUGUGAUGAUCUGUGUAAUAAUGUGAUGAUGUGUGUAAUAAUGUGAUGAUCUUUGUGAUAAUGCACAGAUCUGUGUAAAUGUGAUGAUCUUUGUAUUAAGGUGAUGAUUGUGUAAAAAUGUGAUGAUCUGUGUAAUAAUGUAUGUGAAAUGUGAUGAUCUGUGUAAUAAGGUGAACAUUUGUGUAAUAGUGUGACGAUCUGUGUAAUAAUGCGAUGAUCUGUGUAAUAAUGUGAUGAUGUGUGUAAUAAUGUG